ACAAGCGAGUCUCACAGCAGCGCUAAACCCACUCAGGGGAUUAGUGUCCACAUGUCCCAGCGUCGGCAGGAACAUUGUCCUACUUUGUUCUGAACACUCCUACUUGGGAGUCCGCCGUUGCCGGUUUGAACUUGUUGGAAUUGUCUGGCAGCAACUUUUUGCAUUUGCCACCGUGACCCAGCAUCCUCCACCAUGCCUGGAGAUGGAUUCACCUUCAAGAGUCGCAUUAGGAACCUGCUGAGGUCUCCUUCAGCCAAACACAGGAAGGCCAGAAGAGACAACAUCACCAACAAGGUUACAUUAGAGAAAGUUUUGGGCGUCACCACUUUGGGAAACAGCGGCCUGGCCUGCGACCCCAACACUGGACUAGUGGCUUAUCCUGCAGGGUGUGUGGUUGUUUUGCUGAGUCCCAGAAAGAACAGGCAGCACCACCUGAUCAACACGUCAAGAAAGACCAUCACAGCUCUGUCAUUCUCCCCGGAUGGCAAACACCUGGUCACGGGAGAGAGCGGCCAUCUUCCCGCUGUCAGACUUUGGGACGUGGCCGAGCGGCGGCAGGUGGCCGAGCUCCAGAAGCACAAAUAUGGCAUUUCCUGUGUGGCCUUUUCGCCCGACUGCAAGUACAUCGUCAGCGUGGGCAACCAGCACGACAUGAUGGUCAAUGUGUGGGCGUGGAAAAAGGAUGUGGUGGUUGCUGCCAACAAGGUGUCCAGCAAGGUGACUGGGGUGUCGUUCUCUGAGGACAGCUCCUACUUUGUCACCGUGGGCAACCGACAUGUCAAGUUCUGGUAUCUGGACCACUGCAAGGCCACUAAGGCCAGCGCUCCCGUUCCCCUGCUGGGCCGCUCGGGGCUGCUGGGCGAACUGAGGAACAACUUCUUUUGCGACGUAGCGUGUGGGCGGGGCCAGAAAAGAGACUCCACCUUCUGCAUCACGUCCUCUGGCCUGCUGUGCGAGUUCAACAGCAGGAGGAUGCUGGACAAGUGGGUGGACCUGCAGAAGGGUGUGGCCCAGUCGCUAUCUUUGUCUGAGGACAGGAUCUUCUGCGCCUGCGCCGAUGGAACGGUACGAGCAUUCAGCCCGCUUGACCUGCGCUUUGUAUGUACACUGCCACGGCCACACCCCUUUGGUGCCGACAUCGCCUUCAUUACUAAGGCCAGUCACUUAUUUUGCACCAAGACUGACGCACGCUACCCGGACGCCAUCGCAAUAACCUACGACCCUGUCAGCCACUGGCUCAGCUGCGUCUACAACGACCACAGCCUGUACGUCUGGGAUGUGAGAGACGUCAACCGGGUGGGGAAGGUCCACUCAGCCCUUUUCCAUGCAGAUUGUGUCUGGGACCUUGAGAUGGUUCCAGAUGUUCCUGAAACGGCAGCCGGUCUGUCUCCCGCUGCAUUCCUCAGCUGUUCGUCAGAUAACACCAUCAGACUUUGGCACGUGGAUGACCGAGCACACAUUCGUUCUCGCAACAUCCUCAGCAGUGACCUUUUUAAGAUAAUCUAUACAGGCGGCAGGACCGUUGCCUCGCACGACCCUGAAAAUAUGGCCAACGUGAGUGCGGACGGACAGUCGGCAGAAAGUAGGGCAGGCGUCAGGACUAUUUGUGUCAGCCCCGAUGGAAAACACCUGGCGUCUGGAGAUAGAAACGGGUUGCUUAGAGUUCACGACCUGAGUACAAUGCAGGAGCUUCUUAAAGUGGAAGCGCAUGAUGCUGAAAUCCUGUGCUUGGAGUACAGCAAACCCGAAACCGGUCUGCAGCUGCUGGCCACGGCAAGCAGGGACCGCCUGAUCCACAUCCUGGAUGCCGCUGCCGACUACAGCUUGGUGCAAACCCUGGACGAGCACUCCUCAUCCAUAACCGCCGUUCGCUUUGCCGUCAAUGACAGCAAGGUGAGGUUGAUCAGCUGUGGUGCGGAUAAAAGCAUCUAUUUUCGCACUGCCCAUACGAGUGACAAAGGAGCAGAGUUCCGCCGUUCCCACCACACAGUGAGGAAGACCACGCUGUAUGAUAUGGGUGUAGACCCCACCUGCAAGUACGCUGCUGUCGGCUGCCAGGACCGCUGCAUCAGGAUUUUCAAUAUCAGCAGUGGCAAACAGAGGAAACUGUACAAAGGAUCGCUGAGUGAAGACGGAAGCCUACUCAGAGUUCAGAUCGAUCCAUCAGGCCAGUAUGUGGCUGCAAGCUGCUCCAAUAAGAACAUCAGCAUCUUUGACUUCUACACUGGCGAGUGUGUGGCCACCAUGUUUGGACAUUCUGGUAAGAGACCAGCAGAGGCGACAGAUAUGUAACCCUUUUCUGAAUCCACCAUCUUUUUUUUUACCUCAAUUGUUGUUUUUGAUUGCAGGCGAGAGGCGUACAGCGCUCCUGCUCUGGUCGGCCUGUCCUCUGACAGCGACCACAACCAUGAGCGCGAGGACGAAGAUGAAGGUCACAACAAAGACUCCAACGACCAAGAAGAGAUUAACACGUCCUCAGACAGCAGUCAUGGCGAAGAAGACACAGGUGGUUCAGAUGAAGGACCUGACUGGGAACUGACAAAACCCGCAGUGACCACACCCGGCAUCAGUGGUCGUCCUCGAAGGCGCUGGUCUCAUCGUAUGGGCUCCUUGGAGUUGAUGGUCAAGUCAAUGCUGGACCUGAGGCAGCUGGAGACCUUUGUCCCCAACAAAACUGCCGACUCCAACACUCGUGACAGAGACAGACGCAGCAUGUCCAGCCUCCACGAGUCCAUGCAGCACUUUGAGGAGCAGGCCAAGCGGCUUCGGCCUAUGCGAAACUGUGAUUGGACAACAACGGAUGGCAAUAAGGAGGAGACGGGUCUACCAAACAUUGAUUGCAUGGUGAAGGAUCCACCAUGCCACAAGGCCCUCAGUAAGAGCCAGGACAGCUACAGCCCGGAUAGCGCCUCCUCGCUGGACUCUGACAGUCCUGAUGGAGUCCUGAAUGACUCUGCAGUAUCCCUCAGCUUAGACAGCUCAAAUGAUGAUGAGGAAAAGAUGGAAAAUAGCAAGGAGGAAGAAGAGGAAGCAGAGAAGGCUGAGACCACUAGCGUUGAUGAAGUGCUCAGGACGGUGACAGCCGAGCUUGACAGCCCAGAAGAUUUCCUCAAGCAGAACUUUGAGAGGCUUGUGGACAUUUGCAGCACAGCUGAACCCAGCAGAGUCCCAAGGCUCAGCAUGUCUUCACGCUUCCUGGCCAGAGGACAUCAUAACAGGGGGGCUACCGUCUCUCCUCCCAUCCCAAGACCGCAGAAGAAGACCACGCCUGCGCCCCAUCUGUGGAGGUUCUCCACGCCUCUGUCCAAGCCUUCAGUGCUGCUGGACGGCACUACAAGUCUGCAGAAGUCUCAGUCUGUCCAGAACCUGAGCUUGGCUUCUCCGCGUUUUGUGCUGCCCCUUAGCGACCAGAGGGAAGUCUGCAAGAGGCCCCAGCAUCUUUCCCUGGACCGAGACACUCCCAAGCCGUCCUCAAAUUUGUCCUCGCCCUCCCCGGGGUCGCCGCAAUCCCCCCGCUCCCCCCACUCCUACAUGAACCCCACAGCCAGCUCCAUGGCCAAGAGCAGCCGCUCCUCCUCGCUGGGCGAAGGUCUGCAUGCAGGCGUCCCCUUCAGCUUGUCCUCCCUUUCCUCCAAGGCCAGGAGGUCGUUGUCUGGUGAUCUGGAGCUAGAGUCGCCUUCUCUGGUCUGUCUGCAGCCCACUGCCACAGUUUUACCAACCCGCAUCCCUCAGCCCAAGCAGCCUCUCAGCCCUCGACGCAGCCUCUGCGCCGACAAGACCAGCUUGGCCUGUCCAACAGUGUGUGAUGUCACUUCCUGUGCAGGAAGCAAACCAGAUUCUCCAGAGAGGACGUCAGUGUCGGAGAGUAAUCGGGAUGCAGGGCUUGGACUUGAAGUGCUCCCUCUGGUGGUGGAAAAUCUCUGGCCGCCCCCCUCUCACUCCCAGCCAGGUGUUCCUUUUAUUCCUAACUGGUCGCUCUCUCGCUCUCCUCUUCCUCUUGGUCGUCAUUCUCUCUCGUCACGCUGGCCACCGCUCGCCACCCAGCCCGUGCGUCAGUCAGCGUGCGUGUCUCCCCUGUGUGUGGCGCCGCCAACCUGCGGGCAAUGCCACAGGGGUGAGUUCAUCACCUUGGAAACAUGCAAGCAGGCUGUUAGGGAUCUUCACAGCAGCCUGAGAAGAACCCUCAUGCUCUACACGGCGGUGCUCCAGCGCCAUCCGCAGUCAGCAUGCGACGGUCGCCAGGAGAUGGAGGAGCUCUUAUCCAAAGCUCUGUUGUCCGUCAAAGCUGAGGUGGACCCACUGCCUCAUUCCACGAUGCGCUCGGAAGAAGACGGUGCGAGUUUGGGGUUGAAAGGUGAAGCCUUGGCCCUGCUGGAGCAAUACGCCGAACUGCUGCUCAAGUCUGUGGAGAGGAAGCUGGACAACAAGAUGUGACCCAGGAGGUAACGUUUGUUUUCAUUGCUGAAACUCAAAGACAAAAUAUUUUCCUUUGAAAAACUUAAAGCCUUAUUUUUCUUCCAAAAAAAAAGAGAUGCCUUAGCUAUUUUUUGUGGGGGGGGUUUAUAAGCAGAAUUUGCCAUUUGAACUUACAUCAAAAGAACACUAAUGUUGCCAACAAAUUAAAACUUUGAAUUAAAGUAAAAAAGAACAAGUGAUGAAGUUUGAAAUGUACUUGUCUCAGUCAUUCAGUUAAUUGUGUGCAUCGAAGUAAUAUUUAUUUAUGUACUGUAAGUACUUUGUGUUUGUAUGUAUUUGUACAAAAUGUAUUCCAAUGGAACAUCGUCUUCAAAAUAAACAAAACAAAC